AUGGUAGAAGAACUAAGAGUCCUUGAACCCACCUGCCGGGAGGCUGCAAGUAAAGAUGCCGACUCCAGCAACUCUAUUGAGAAACUUAACGUCAACUUAAUACAUCUCGACUCUUCCCCAAAAAAGUGCUCAAGGAAUGUGAUUAUGGAGUUGUGGGCCACAAAUUUGGCGGGACAGAGGACGGAGCCCUCAAGCGCCCUCUGCAGCAUAGGACGGAGCCCUCAAGCGCCCCCUGCAGCAGAGGACGGAGCCCUCAAGCGCCCUCUGCAGCAGAGGACGCAGCCCUCAAGCGCCCUCUGCAGCAGAGGACGGAGCCCUCAAGCGCCCCCUGCAGCAGAGGACGGAGCCCUCAAGCGCCCCCUGCAGCAGAGGACGCAGCCCUCAAGCGCCCUCUGCAGCAGAGGACGCAGCCCUCAAGCGCCCUCUGCAGCAGAGGACGCAGCCCUCAAGCGCCCCCUGCAGCAGAGGACGCAGCCCUCAAGCGCCCCCUGCAGCAGAGGACGCAGCCCUCAAGCGCCCCCUGCAGCAGAGGACGCAGCCCUCAAGCGCCCCCUGCAGCAGAGGACGCAGCCCUCAAGCGCCCCCUGCAGCAGAGGACGCAGCCCUCAAGCGCCCCCUGCAGCAGAGGACGCAGCCCUCAAGCGCCCCCUGCAGCAGAGGACGCAGCCCUCAAGCGCCCCCUGCAGCAGAGGACGGAGCCCUCAAGCGCCCCCUGCAGCAGAGGACGCAGCCCUCAAGCGCCCCCUGCAGCAGAGGACGCAGCCCUCAAGCGCCCUCUGCAGCAGAGGACGCAGCCCUCAAGCGCCCCCUGCAGCAGAGGACGCAGCCCUCAGAGGCAAAGUACACAUGAGAGGCGUUGGAGCAGAUAAGGAUAAUAUUUAG